GAGAUAACCGCUGUAGCCUGGGGAUUGUUGUCAAAAUAUAAGCAAUUAAAAAUGUCCACAGACGAUGGUGUUAUGGGAACAAACGACGACGCUGCUUCGUGUAAGCGUUAUGCAGUUGACAAAGGAUAUUGGAGCGACCCUUUUAUUUCCAGUAUGGUGCCUAAAUCUUCAACCAAGAAAGCUCCUGAAAUAAGUCGAGGAUACUAUGCUAGAGUUAUUUCGACUCAGUUGUUAGUGGAGAAAUUUCUUCGAUUGACACAAUGUAAUAGUCAAGUAGUCAACCUUGGAGCUGGAUUUGACACUUUGUUUUGGAAACUUCAUCAAGCAGGCCUUGUCCCAAAGAGUUUUGUAGAGAUUGAUUUUGAGCAGGUGACAACUCGAAAAUGUCACUUUAUUAAGUCCAAGCAGCAACUUCUUCAAGCUCUUUCAGGAGAAGAUAGUGACAUAAUGAUGAAUAAAGCAGAGCUUCAUUCUGCAAACUACCAUUUAGUUUCUGCAAAUCUACGCAACAUUGGUGCUCUAGAGUCUAAACUCUCAGCUUCUGGCAUUGACCGAGCUCUUCCUACGCUGUUUCUCUCCGAGUGUGUUCUUGUGUACAUUGAGGUUGAUACCACAGAGAAAUUGAUCAAGUGGAUCGCUGACAGUUUUCCCACUUCGUUUUUUAUCAAUUACGAACAGGUAAACAUGACUGAUGCCUUUGGUCAAGUAAUGAUUGAAAACCUGAAAGCCCGCGACUGUGUAUUAAGUGGUGUCUCAGCCUGUUCAAGUUUAACAACUCAGAUGAAUCGGUUUCUAAACAAUGGGUGGACUGGUGGUGAUGCUCUAGACAUGUCAGUCGUCUACAGAUAUAUACCUCAAGAAGAUGUUCACAGAAUGGAAAGGUUGGAGUUGUUGGAUGAAAGAGAACUACUGGAUCAGUUGCUGAGACAUUACUGUCUGGUCUGGGCAUAUAAGGACAUAAGCAACAUUGGUCUUCACACCAUCAGCUUAUCCUAAGCCCAUAUUCUCAACAGCCUUGGGACUUUCUAACCGCCAGAUGUUAAAUACCCAUUAACCAGAUUGUGCAGGCUUAUUGAUGCAGGCUAAACUAUGUAGAGAAACAGCAACAGAAUGCAUUUCAUUCCUCUUGUACAGACGAUUUCUCUUCUGAUCAGCUACACAGUGAGACGUUUGUUAUUUAUUCAUCAAGCCUGGAGCUUGCCAGCAGACGGGAGAUCCUUAGAUGUAGAUGUUCCUGUCAGAAAAAAAAAAAGAAUAGGUUGUGGUUAAAUGGAUCUGACUAAAUGGAUCUUACAGUCCUAACUUAACACAGCACAGAAUCUUUAUGGGUGCUAGAACUCAUGUCUUAAACUUUUUUCAAUGGUUAUGACCAAAUAUUACUCUGUUGCUAUUUUCUAAAUGCAUGUUAUUUUUUUUAUAAAAAAAGUCAACUGACAGUCAACUUGUUCAGACUAUUAAAAAAAUAAAUGACAAUGAAACUUAAAUAAUGAAAAACAAUUACAUUGACUCUUAGAAACAAGUGUUGAAAAUAAAAUGUUAAAUUACUUAAUACAUUGUAUUACAUAAAAUAUCCAAAGAUCUAAUAAUUUUAAUUAUGGGUAACUAAUAUUGUAACUUUAAUUUAGAAACAAUAUAUUGUUAUUAUUUAUUAAGCAUUUCUUGCAUUGCCAAAUACCUGUAUGCAUGAACUAUUUUGUGAAAUAAUGUAAUUACAAAAUUGGCCAAAAAAUAUUUUUUUUUUACAUAUUUCAAGAAGCUGUAACAAUUUUCUUGGUGUAAAUAAAACUGAAUGAAUUCAAUUCAGUCAAAUCAUAUACAGUUCAUUUCAUAGAACAAUGUAACUUAAACAUAUGUGGAUGUAAUUCAUUUAAUGCUAAAAAUCUUAAUUAAAAACACAAUUUUCAAGCCCUUUGUAAUAAACAAUAAAAUUUGACAAGUUCUGUUAGUUAAAAUAUUUAAAUUAAUGAAAUUAUAAACAAGAAAAGAACUAUAAUUUUUUUUUUGUUUAAAACCAUCUUAUGCUUCAUACUUGAAUGUAACUUGUGAGUUGCUGUGUUGGCCAUCUAGUUUAGUGAAAGACAUAUAGCUUUAGCAUUGAACACGUGUUGCAUGUCUCUAGUGUGAUUAAAUGUAUUUUUAACAACUGACUUGGAUGCACAUGCUCAUCAUUGAGUUUGUUUUAAUACUGAAUGGCUUAACACUUUUUGGUUUCUUUACUUAUUGAUUAUGUUUAAAUCCAUGAAGACGUGAAUAAACAGACUUUAAUUUUAA